CUUCAACUCUUUCAACCAUGUCUCCUUGUCCAUUCUUUCCAAUAACCUCAAAACCUUUCCAAACCACAAAACAUAGCCGUCACUUCAAAGUUUCAUGCAAAGCCAUACGUGGUGAUCAAAACCCUACUCCUAUGUCCGAAAAUGGAGAAACUCUCCCGGGAAAGUUUGAUCGGAGGAGUGUGCUUCUUGGUUUAGGAGGGCUCUACAGUGCAGCCAGUCUCAGCUCCGACAUGUUAGCCGUUGCUGAUCCGGUUUCACCCGACUUUUCCAACUGCCAUUCGCCAAUAUUGCCUCCCGAUCCAUUGAAACCGACCUAUUGUUGCCCUCCAAAAUUCCCUCCGGGCGAAAAAAUUAUCGAUUUCAAGCUUCCUCAACCACCUACCAGCCUGCGAGUUAGACAACCAGCUCACAUGGUGGACGAUGACUACAUAGCCACGUAUUCCAAAGCCAUUGAACUCAUGAAGGGCCUUCCUGACGACGAUCCUCGUAAAUUCAUUCAACAAGCAAAUGUCCAUUGUGCUUACUGUAAUGGGGCUUAUGAUCAAAAUGGGCAUCGAGGUCAGAAAUUGGAAAUUCAUCACUCAUGGCUAUUUUUCCCCUGGCAUAGAUGGUACUUAUAUUUCUUUGAGAAGAUCUUGGGACACUUGAUCGACGACCCACUUUUUGCUUUGCCAUUUUGGAAUUGGGACUCUCCCGAUGGCAUGACAAUACCCUCCAUGUAUGUCAACCCUCAAUCAUCACUCUACGACAAGCUUCGUGAUGUCAAACACCAGCCACCAAGGGUGAUUGAUCUGAAUUACAACGGUUGUGAUUGCGAUAUACCUGUAAAAACACAAGUGGACCUGAAUCUCUCGACCAUGUACCGACAAAUGGUUUCCGGUACUAAUAGUCCUCUUCUCUUCCUAGGUAGCCCCUACCGUGCUGGAGACGGUCCGAACCCCGGAAUGGGGACUCUAGAGUCCAAGCCUCACAAUAACGUCCAUGAUUGGACCGGUGAUCGAAUGCAGCACAAUGGAGAGGACAUGGGAAGCUUGUACUCGGCCGCUCGUGACCCAAUAUUCAUGGCUCAUCACUCUAAUAUUGAUCGGAUGUGGACAAUAUGGGAAGACCUAGGAGGAAGACGUCAGAACUUUACUGACCCAGAUUGGUUAAAUGCAUCUUUUAUAUUCUACGAUGAGAACAAGCAAGCUGUACGUGUUAAUGUCCAAGACUGUUUGGAUUACCGACAACUCGGAUAUGGUUACAUGCCUGUGGAUAUUCCCUGGUUGAAGGCUCGCCCAACCCCACGUAGAAGAAAUGCAGGAGUGGGGUUGGCCAAUAGGGUUACAGGAACAACAAACGUUUUUCCGGUAACCCUAGAUAGGGUAGUGAAAGUUUUGGUUCGAAGACCAAGGAAGCUGAGGAACACGAGAGAAAAAGAAGAAGAAGAAGAGGUAUUGGUGAUACAAGGAAUAGAGUUUGAUGCAGAUAAAUUUGUGAAGUUUGAUGUGUAUAUCAACGAAGAAGAUGAGACAGAGAGUACACCCAAAAACACAGAGUUUGCUGGGAGCUUCACGCAUGUGCGACAUCCAAGUGGCCAUAGUACGAAGAUGGUGACUCAGCUAAGGCUAGGGCUGAAUGAGCUGUUGGAGGAAUUGGGAGCAGAAAAUGAUGACACUCUGUUGGUCACUUUAGUUCCAAGAGGUGAGAGCAUUACCACCAUUGGUGGUAUAGGGAUUGAGUUUAAUUCUUGAAUGAAUCUCUCUCUUAGCUAUUGUAUCCACCUUGGGACUUUGCAUGCACUUGUUUUUUCAAGAUGGUAUUACUACGUGAAAAUAAGCUGUAAUAAAGCAACUGGGCUGAGAAUGUUUUCUAGUCCUAAUGAAUAUCGGGUUGUACUACUACUAUCAAUCUCAACAUCUUUCUAUUCCUAUAUGGGUGUGUUUGUUUGGUGAAUUAGGAUUCUAUGGGAUUGGUUAAUACACUUCCAAUAUGGAAG